AUGGGUAAUUCUGUUCAGCACAAGAGAAGAAAUCCAGCAAAUUGCUUGGGUUGUAUGGGUUAGGAUAAUGAAGGGUUUGAUUUGAAUGAACUUUAAAUAGGACUCGAUGCAGAUAAGGCAAGAGGUUUUUAAGUCAUUAAUGUAUAGGAAGAAUCACCUAACAAUCAACUGCUUACUUGACUGAAGAUGAAAAGAACUUUUUUAAAGCAGCAUCAGGCAGAAAUUUAGGUUUGAUACGCUUUUACCUAGCCAAAGGAAUCAAUAUAAACAUUUUCGACGAGGAACGGACAUCACCUUUGUAGAUAUUGACUUAAUCUUAAUAGGCACAUAGCUUGCAGAUAUGGUUCAUUAUCAGUCGUUGAGGAACUAAUUAAUAACAAUGCCAAUUUGGACAUUACUGAUAUGGCUGGUUGGACUCGUAUGUUAUUUAUCAAUUUAUUUCAGCAUUGCAUGUGGCAGCAUUCUAUUAGAGAGCCUAAGUUUGUUAAUUGUUGUUGAAGUCAGGAGCUGAUUUUAGAACAAGAAAUCGUGAUGGGAAUCUAGCCUAAGAUUUGGUGAGAGACAAGAUGACAUCAGAAAUCUUCAAACAAUCAUAAGAUCAACUAUAACAUAAUAGUGAAAGAUAAACCAAGAAGUGCGAUCCGGCCUAGCGUUAAUAUGAAGAGUACUUUUAAUUGCUCAAAUUAAAACGACAGUAUCUAUAACAAAUAACGAAAAAUAGAAAAAAUAAUGAGUGCAGCAGUUUCUGUGAAAAAGUGUCACAAAGCAAAAUGGUUAGUCCCAAUUCUACUCCCAAGAAGUCUAAAUUGAGUGAGAAAGAAAACUUAGGGAUUUAAGAAUCAUUGUCUAAGUCUAAUAUCUCAGAGCAAGAAUAAAAGGAGAUAAUCGAUUUCAACAAAGAACUUGGAUCAAAAAUCAAUAGGAACAUGAUUUCUCCUUGCAAUUCAAUCCCUCGAUUCUUUGAUGAGAUGGUACUUAGUUAUGAUUGAUGAUUAAGGUGUCCCUAGGUCAAUUAGUCUUAUGGUAAAAUGCAUCUAGAGAGAGGUCUACUUUCACUGAAUAGGCAAAGUUCAUGAAGCAUGACUAUAACACAGAGAAUCUUGCAAUAGAUUUAUUUAAUCAUUCAUAUUUCAUGGGUAUAUCUUACAUGAUAUCAACCUAAAUUAUUAGACCUACUCCCUAAUCAAUAAUCAAUUGGUUAUUUCACAAUAUUGAAUAGAAAAGCAAGAUCUAAAUAUCAAAGUAUUUCUAUAUUAAAUAAUUCAUAGAUUAUUGACCAAUUUGAAUCUCUAAGAAUAAUAGUAGAUUCUGAAAUUGUUUGUGGAUAGGGUUGUAACCAAUCAAAAUUUAAUUAAUUCAUUGCAUAGUUUGUUUAACAAAUUGUUAGUUUAAAAUGACCCAUAUUUACUUGAUAUCUUAGUGAAGGAGUUUAGCAGAAGGUAUUACGAAUUGAACUUCCAUUCCAAAAGUUAAUCAUUUCCUUUUAAAUCUGAAGACUCUUUACAUAUGUUUUGUUUUGCUCUUGUGAUAUUUGACAUUGAUAAUACAAAAUAUGAUAAAGAUUAUGCAUUCAAAAGCUUUUUCUAGAACAUUCAAACAAUCAAUAAUGGCGAUAAUUUCAACUCUAAAUUCAUUUCUGAAAUUAUUGAAUAAUUACAAUACAAGCCUAUAGUAAAUUUAUUGGAUUAAUCUAUUGAAGAAUUAUUAAGUACUAAAUUAAGUGUGUAUUGCAAUCCUGUAAACUUGAUUAAACAAAAACAAGUACCAUUUUAUUCAUAGUAUUUAGACUCAUAAUGUUAAUUGGAAAUUAUACUCAAUAGGAGAUGCUUAUCUACUCACUUCUGAUGGAUAUUUAAAGAUAUUUGAGAAAUCCAAUAGUUAAAUACAAAAAGUGAAUAAUGAAAUACUGAUAACAAGUAAAUAGAACAAAUAGUUGUUGUAUGUGAUUUGCAAGGAUGAAUAAACAUUCAUAUUUAAGUAGAAGAACAUGAAGUUUAAACUUACCAAUCUAAAUGAUACUUUUUGA